AUGGCAGAGAUCAGCCUUAAUGCUAUUUUUGGCAAAUCCAACACUACCACCAUGAAAUUAUCCGGUACUCUAAACUCCACCGAAAUUCUCAUUUUAAUUGAUAGUGGGUCUACCCACAAUUUUAUUUCAGAUAAUCUGGUGAGGGAAUUGGGGUUAACUACUCAUUUGGUUACCCCUUUUGGAGUUCAAAUCGGGAACGGGGACAUAAUUCGUUGUAAUAAGGUUCCGUUCUUGGGUCAUAUUGUUACAGCAGCCGGAGUCCAGGUAGACCAAGAGAAAAUUUCAGCAGUGGUUGCUUGGCCUUUACCUGUUAAUGUCAAGGCUAUUCGGGGAUUUUUGGGUCUCACUGGGUAUUAUCGGCGCUUCGUUCGUAAUUAUGGAAUCAUUGCUCGACCCCUUACUGCAUUUACAAAGAAGGAGGGUUUUAAAUGGUCUCAAGAGGCAGCAGCUGCAUUUGAGAAGUUAAAGCAAGCUCUUAUUUCUGCCCCUGUUCUCCGACUCCCGGAUUUUCACGCACCGUUUAUGGUGGAAUGUGACGCAUCAUCGGAUGGAGUAGGGGCCAUACUAAUACAACAUGAACAUCCAGUAAUUAGGAUGCUAAUUUGCUAG